CAUGCAAACCCACAAAUCUCACUAUAAAUACCCCCUCCAUCCUUUCACCAUAUCUCACACCAUUCAUAUAUUCAGCUAAGCAAUUAUAUAUAUAUAUAUAUACUCAAAGAAACUAACUAUGGCUAACAAGGCAACCCUUGCAGCAGCUCUCCUUGUGGCUCUGGUGACACUAACCAGCGCCACCAGCUACACCACCACCGUCACCACCACCACAAUCGACGACGAGGCCACCCGAGGGGAGCAGCAGGAAUGCCGCCAGCAUGUCCAGGGCCGCCUGUACCUGUCAUGCCAAAGGUACCUCUCACAGAGGAGCCAAUACGGCGGAGAUGAAGAGGAAGUUGUUGAAAUGACGACGACCGGCAACCCAAAGGAACGGUCACAGGACCUGAGAAGCUGCUGCCAGCAAUUACAUUACGUGAAGCAACAAUGCCGGUGCGAAGCAAUCAAGCUAGCCGCGGAGGAGGUCCAACAAGAGGGCGGCCAAUGGCAGACCGGAGAGUUGCAACAGGUUUACGAGAGGGCCCGUUAUCUUCCCCGGCAGUGCAACUUCCGCAGCCCCCAACAAUGCCAAUUCCGUGAUCUCUUUCUCUAG